AUUCAACUUUUGCGUUACUUACCCAAUAAUGGUAUCUUUGCACGUUUUAUUACAAACAAGUCUUCAUAUUCACUCAAAAGAUAUUAGAUUGAGAACGGUUGGAGGAUUUAUAAAUAAAUAACAUGCACAACUUUUCAUGAUCAAGCUCUGGAGAUAUCAUCUGAGUUAUAGAACACAAAGCAGGGCACAAACUAUUGUGUACCAUGCUCAGUGAACCUGCUUCCCCAUAUGCAUUUUGUAAAGAUUUGCAGAACUUAAUCAUUGUAACAGAAGAGCAAAUCAUUUCACCUUUGCGUAAAGAGUUAAAAAGAAGUGAUGAACAUUCAGAAAUUUUAUCACUUGAGAUACAAGACGCUGAGAAUAAAACUUUUGAAUAUUUAGCCCAGCAGAUUUCAGCUAUUUGUAAUGCUGACGAAGAUACAGCUAAUGCCAUUCUGCGUGAAUAUCCAAAAUCGGAAGUUUGCUUUCGAUGUCUCGGUAUUAAUGAUGACACUAUACAGGUAAGUGAUGAAUGUCUUCAGAUUUUCAUACGUGUCUCUAGGGCCUUCUUCGUAUUCGUGGUAUUGGCUUUCUACAAUUGUUAGAUAUGCCUGACAGUGAAGUAAGAACAAUCUUACAAAAUUAUGGUGAUUAUGGUGAGGAAGUUGAUCAUGUACUUGCUGGUCUUGCAAAAAUACGCGGGAAUAUUGAUCUCAUCGAAAGUGACUUAGCAUUUGAAGAUGAUACCAGAAACUUAAUCAAAUUGGUGAUGCGUUUGUCUGACGAUGAUUCUCAAGUUGGAGAACUAAACAAUAUCCUUAAUGCUCAAAUUUACGAAGAAAGAAAGGAUCCUCGUAUACCUCCCUUAUAUGUUACUGGCCCUGAAGAUUCUCCUUUUGUUAACAAGGAAAUUUCUGUACAAAACUCGUCUCAUAAAAAUACCAAAGUAGUUGUUUGCUCUCAUUUAGAGCACGAUACAUCCUGUGGAAAUCUUAUUAGCCAUUCCAAUUCCGAUAAUAUUAAUACAUUUAAAACUGGUUGCGAUGUCAACUACAAUGGCUGUAGUUCGUUUACUUCCCCACAUGCUUCCAGUUGUAUCACCAUAAAUAGUCCACAGAAUGUCACAAAUAAAUCUCAUCCCGGAAAAUUGUGCAAAACUGAUUUUAAGACAUUUAAUCUCUUCCCGGGUAUAUCUGAUUCGAAUAUUCCUUCAGAAAUUGAUCUACAUAAUGGCGGGCUUUCAGUACCUUCUACUCCCAUUUCUUAUAAAUUAUCUUCGACCAUUUUAACACCCUCGAAUCUUUUUAGAGCAGGCCGUCAUACACUACCAAAUGAAGUAACCUCACUUUCUCCCGGUGGGCGUCGAGCAGGCAAUCAUUCGUCUCGAGAUCGCGAGCAUCAAACUCGUCAGGCAGGGACUCCGCCACCCAAACAUCGUUUAAGAUUUUCUUCUCCGCUUCAUCGUAGCAAGUCUCAUGAGUCUAAUCUUGCCAAUCGUGUUAUUUUACCUGCCCUCCCAAAUGUACCACAGUUCCACCAAGAAACAAACUGUGCCUGUUAUAUCAGUAGACCACAACUAUUAUUAUGUAAUCCGAUUUCCCCAGACGCCUCCAGUAAUGUACACAACGAUUAUUUAAAUUAUUCUGAGUGUAUAAAUGGGGGUCGACCGUGUAUAACUACUACUCAAUGUGGUGUAUGCAUUAACAGCGAUGUUAUUUCAAAUGGGAAUAAAACAGUUUCAACAUUUUAUCAUACUUGUUCCAUUAGUGAUAGUACUUCCACACUUGUCACAAGUCCACGUACCUACGAUCAAGGUCGACGUGUGUCUUGUGAAUAUCGACCAUCAAAGACUAAUUUACAGCCUUUAAUGACUAUAUCUGCAGAUAGUGAUAAUUUAUCAGGUGUCCUUAAUGUUCCGACUAACUCAGGUGGGGCCACAUUUGUUCUCAGUGCAAGUGGAUUUAUGCACAAAUUCGAAUUAGAAUCUAAAUUUGGUGAUUUUGUUAAAGGUACUCCAUGCGCUGUUUGUAAUAAUCGAAUGCGAUUUCGUCUACAACAUUGUGCUUACUGCAAAAUCAAAGUACAUAAAAGUUGCGUUUCUCAUUCAAGACGACUUCCUUGCACAGGACCUUCCAGUGGACAAAACAAUGAAUUACACGAUUUCAAAGGUUCUCCAAAUAUGCCUCGUCAAUUGCAUACAAAUAUUUUAACAACUAGUCAAACAAAUCUUCGUCCUGCACAUUCUACUCCAGCAUUUCAAAGUUCUGAUUCAAACAGUGCUUCGUCAUGUACAAGUUCUACACCAGGUUCACCAUUUGUCACCGGUACAUCAUUAAUUAGUACAACAUUAGCUGCAUCAUGUUGUACUCGCUUAGACAGUGGUUAUGUUGGUGUUGGUAGUAAUAGUAUUAGUGUUAGUUGUAGUACUACCGGUCAAAUGAUUUCAUUAUCUUCUCCUCCAUUACGAAAUUUAAGCAACAGUGGUGGUUGUAUGUUUAAUCAUUCUAAUCCAAGUCAUUUAUCUUCACCAGUUAGUAUACAUUCUUACGGAACUGUUAAUGCUGGAAUUGUAACUAAUACACAACAACAACAACAACAACAGCCUCAUUCUCCUCGACAUUCCGGCCAAUGUUUUAAUCAUUUUGAAUUUCCAAGUGUCAGUCAUCCAAUCAUAGAUAAUCAAUUAGUAGACGGGAAUUUCAAUAAUAAUGUGAAUAGUAAUAGUCCUUUAAUUAGUACUGUGUCUUCUGGAGAAAGUGAACGAACUGUUGUUGAUAAUGCAGUACACCGGUUUGAAUCAAUGGAUAGUCAAGAUGAAUCAUCUUUAAUGAGAACUAAUAGUAUAUCAGUUACUCUAAAAGAAUGGGAUAUACCAAUGGAAAAUUUAUUUAUUGGUGAAAUAAUUGGACGUGGUACAUUUGGUACAGUAUAUCGUGGUAAAUGGCACGGUGAAGUAGCUAUUAAACGUAUAGAUUUCGAUCCAGAAGAUGUAGAUGAUUCAAUACGUGUUGAAGCGUUCAAACGUGAAGUUGCAUUACUACAUAAAACACGUCAUGAAAACUUAGUACUAUUUAUGGGUGCUUGUAUGAAAGCACCUGAUUUAGCUAUUGUUACACAACUUAGUCGAGUAAGUGUUUUAUUUCUGUGUAUGUCCCUGUAUUUGCAUCUUAUUUUCUGUUUUACUUUUAAGGAAUUUUUAUAAUGUUAAGCAGUUGGAAGUAGUUAGUAGAAAAUCAUGAACCUAGUGUAGUGGAUGCUACUUACAAGAUUGUUUGUAAGUAUUGUGUAACGGAACGUUGAUACAAUUGUCAGACAAAGUGAAGAGUUUCAGUCCAUCGAAUGUACGGCGUUGGCAGAACACUUAGAGACCAAGCGAGAAGACAUUUCAAAUUUCAUAACACACCUAGAGAUGUGAAUCAAAGAUUGAAAGCUAUGCAUAGUGUAUUAUAUAAAUACUUUAUAACUUCUUAUAAUAAAUACAUUCCUCUUGCCUAUUAGUCGUUUGUUACACUAGGCUGCUCUCAAGAGGCCACUCAUUAGCGAGGUGUGCCUGGUAUUUAAUGGGAACUGAUACUUCUUGUGUUAUCCGAAUGUACAUCACUCAGUUUCAUACUCAGGAAUGUUACCACUGAUCUGAUAUUUUGUAGUGCUGAAGUACAUUAGUUGAUCACUGUCUGAGUGAUGCCGAUUCAAAUCCUUCAAGAAACACUAGUUCCUAAAAAUUGCAGGUGCAGUUUGUUGACGAGUAGGAACUAGCAACUAUAUCGAACAAGGUUUACUACCUAACGUGAAAACAUAAUACACGUGAUGUUGAGUCACUUGCACUUGUAGUCAUAUUGUAACUAAGUCGAUAGAAUCUUAAAAACUGUAAAUUUGACAAAAAUGAUAUUGGCCUCCACUGAAUUAAGAUCAGUAUCCUAUUGAUAAAAAUUCAGCUAGAAAUCAAUAUGUAACUUAUUUUGAAAGACGGAUUUCUCUGUUCCUCUCUUUCUUUCUGUCUGUUCUGAAAAAACCCUGAUUGAUUGGGCUGGUAAAUGUUGUAGCGAUAAAACUGCAGUUGGUAUUGGUUAUGACAGGAUUAUAUUCAUGUCCACAGGAGAAUUCAAGUUGCCAGCUUUACAGAAAUGUAAAAAGUGGUAAUGUUUCCGCUGAAGUUGUUUAGUAUUUGCUAUCCUAUUUUGGGGAAGGUCGCAGGAAAACAUGACCCUGUAAUCUGCAUAUUGAACUACGCCUCCAAAUCUCUUUUAAAGCAGAAGGGUGCAUACGAUUUUGUUACACACUCAUAGAACUCCAUAUUUACAAGCAAACAGAACCGGGUUUUUUAUGGUGGACAUAACAUGUUUUUCCAGUUAUGUGAAGGAACUGUCAGUUUCACCAAGAACUAAACAAGGUGAAACAUUGUAUCAUUUAAUUCAUGAUCGUGAUAAUAUUAUGCCAAUUAAUCGUACAAUAAGUAUAGCUAGUCAAAUAGCUAAAGGUAUGGGCUAUUUACAUGCUAAAGGCAUUGUACAUCGAGAUUUAAAAACACGAAAUUUAUUUUUAGAAGAUAAUUCACGUGUUGUCAUUGGUGAUUUUGGUGUAUUCAAUUUUGUACGUCUUUGUAAAAAAGCUAAGUAAGUUCACAUAAUUAUCUAUUAAUGUAUUUUGAUUAUUUUUAUUUGAACACAUAACUAUUGGUACAAAGGGGCACUACACAAGUCACUUGAUUUGUGUAUGCGCUUUAAUACUGCUUUGGUGCCCAGACUGAAGAAGGUGGUUUUCUGAAACAGCCACUCUCCGAGCCUUCUACCGAAACGUUUGAUCUACAAGGCAGUGGAGCAACGUUAGGAGAUGCAAUUCCAUGGUAGCCGGUGACCAAUAAUUGGUUCAUACACCAUUUGUUUCCCUAAGGAUACUGGGACUCAUGUACUCCAUUGGCUUGGAAUUGUGGUUUUCCAACUCCCUUGGGGGAAACUCCGUGUCCACCAACCCUGUUAAAGUGUCAGAAAUUCGCUUUUCGUCCUCUCAAUUUUCUAAAGAACACCUCCGUCAAGAGAAGGCAGUGAGUAGGACUUCCCUGACAAUUGGUGUACACGCGUGUCCAUAUGAGAGGAUUUUUCGAGGGAUCUGACUCUACCCACUUUUUGGGGGCAUCUAUUAAUGAUUUAUCUUUAUACUUCAUAAUAAUCCUAGUUAAAAUUAUUUAUAUAUCUUAAUUACAUUUCAAUUAAUGGCAUCACUUCAUUCAACUAUUGAAUGUCGAUCAGAGCCAUACAUACACAUUACCGGGUUAAAAUCUUCCUGGUCAAAUAGGUUGAGUGAAAUAACCUAAAAUCCACCACAAUACAUUCCUUUGGAACUUCAGGUUCAAUGUUUCUUCACAUAUACCUUUUCAUCACAUCGUCUUGAAUUGUAUUUUCAGUGUUUAAUAUUUCUCGUCGUCAGUGUUCAAUCAUGAAACUUAGAACUUGACACAUCUGUGUAUCGGUUCAAUUUAUCGUAUCAAAUUAACACAGUGAGAUAAAAUUGUUUUAAGAUAAACUCCAGAGUACUAACAGUAUCAGCGUUAGUAGAAAAGAUUAGAUAUAGAAAAAAUGAGGAAUAGCCUAAAGAGAUUUCAGGACAAAGUAUAAUGCUUCUUUUCAGUUAUUAUUGUUUAAGUUCAUGAAUUAGUUUAUUUUUCCACUAUCCCUCAAUACAUUUUCAUUGUGAUAUUGUUAUGAUCUUGAUGUCUGGUUUUUCUAUCACGCGACUUAUCGACCAAUCAAAAUACGGCUUAUACAAUCUUCGCACUAUGCCAAACCAAUGACGUUCAAUCGGUAUGAGCAGUUUAGCGUCCUUAUUGGUUCUAUGUCCCCCUAGCCCUUUCACUUGAGUCCAGAACACAAUACCAGCUUCCGUAAUAUGAAUCGAAUAUGAAUCGAAUCGUAAUCGAAUCUGAUCGAAUCGUUUAUUUCAGACAUACUCGGUUUAUAUAUCAACCAAACACACCGCAACGCACCAUAAAAUAGAAAUAACAUGUGUACACAAAUAAGCCAAAAAGUGGCUGUGAACGAGGGGGACAGUAAAUAAUAGACUGAGCAUAGCUUAAGAAUCGUAAAUCGUACAAUAAUAAAUUAUAGAUCAAAAUAAAGCUUAUAAUAAGAGGAAUAUAAAUAUACAUAGUGUAAUUGUUGAGUAGUUAUACAAUAAGAAUAUUUAUAGAAUAUUAGUCCAUGAAUAGUCCUUGGAAGUUACCUGUAAUUUAAUCUUCACUGGAUUAUAACAGAUAUUAUAAUAAAAAGAAAAGAAAAGUCAUUUAUUUGUGUAUUUUUUCUUCACUGGAUGGGGGGGGGGGAAUUUCUAGAUGGGGCAAUUAU